AAGUGCUCAACCUUCGCUCAGCUAGACACGUUCCGAGGCACUCUAUUUCCGGAUCCUGGUGGGCGUAGUCCAGUCUCGGUCCGUCUGAACUUUUGCGGACUCCUACCACCGCUUGCCUCUGCGGACCUAAAAGCUGAGGACUCAGGGAAGGUGUGCGGGCAGGUAUAGCUGUCUCUCCUGGAUGCCAAGAUUUGGGACCCAGAAGUCUCCAUGGCUCCCUACCACAUCCGCCAGUACCAGGACAGCGACCGUAAAAGUGUUGUGGACUUGUUCUCCAGGGGCAUGGAGGAGCACAUCCCCACCACCUUCCGCCACCUGCUGCUGCUGCCCCAAACCCUCCUGCUCUUACUUGGGGUGCCCCUGGCCCUGGUCCUGGUGUCUGGCUCCUGGCUCCUGGCUGUUGUAGGCAUUAUCCUUUUGCUCCUACUCCUGUGGCUCCUUGCCAGACAGCCCUGGAAGGAGUAUGUGGCCAAGUGUUUGCACACAGACAUGGCUGACAUCACCAAGUCCUACCUGAAUGCCUGUGGCUCCUGCUUCUGGGUGGCUGAGUCUGCAGGGCAGGUGGUGGGUACAGUGGCUGCUCUGCCAGUCAAGGAUCCUCCAUUAGGGAGGAAGCAGCUGGAGCUCUUUCGCCUGUCUGUGUCCUCACAGCAUCGAGGACAGGGGAUAGCAAAAACGCUGGUCAGAACUGUCCUCCAGUUUGCACGGGACCAGGGCUACAGUGAUGUUGUUCUUGAGACCAGCACCAUGCAGCAAGGUGCUGUGACCCUCUACCUGGGCAUGGGUUUCCAGAGGACAGGCCAAUACUUCAUGGGUGUCUUCUGGAAGAUAGUAGAUAUUUGUAUAAUUCAACUGAAGUACUCCUUCCCUUCUGCCUAGGAAGCGGGGCUGUGCUCUAUGUCCUGUGCACUCUGCUACAGGACCUAGUGAACGCUGUCAUGUCAGUGUGAUGAGCAAUAAAAGUUCCUUGCUGGUGUACACCAGAUUCCAAUACACGUGAUGGCUGAGUGAGGGCUGGGGGUUCUGCUACACUGUAGGUUUGUGGCAUGCCUGUUUUUCAUAUGCCUAGCCCCAUAUUGUUGCAUUAUAAACAAUACAAAAUACUACUACAUGUAUUUUUGUAGGCCAGGAAGUUUGCAGGGCUGGAGACAGCAGCCCACCUAGCCCCAGAACACCUACUUGGUUGAAUGUUAACCUGGGAAGUAACUAUGUUGAACGUUUUCUUCCUGUAUUCCAGGAAGCGUGAGCUUUGGCCUGGGGUCAUUGACCUCAGAAUUAGUGAAUGAUACAUUGAGUCCCAUUUUUUCUUAACCUAGAGUGUUUCAUACAUUUAUACACUGAGGUUUUUGUGCAUCAUCUUUACUCACACAGGUUUUCAUUACACCUAAGCUCAGUCCAGGAACAAGACAGAAGGGCCCACAUGCUGGAGACUGAUGCAAUAUCAAAGGGUUCUUGCAGGGGAAAGACCAAUAUCCCAGGCCCUUGAGCUGUUUUAGCUUAUGUUCACACCCUCAGGGUGGAGACUCUCAUUAAAGAGACAUGCAGAGAUGUACAAAACACUAAGAAAGCUGCUUUACCAAGAGCUUCAGGAAAAGUAAAUUUCUAACGUAUGUUUCAGGCCCCAAAGUUCAGUUCUCAUACAGAAGAGCUCUGACUUCUCAGAACUAAAAUGUGUGUGUACACAUGGUCUCCCUGUUUAGAAAUUAGAAAAAAAAAAUGUGCUUUUAUCUCUUUAUCUUACAGCAGUGUGGUCAUUAGUAAACUUGCUGUGUAGCUAUUUCCUAGGCAAUAAAAUACUGCUUUCUGAAAGGAGAAAGUCUGUUCCUGAAACACAGGACCAGGAGAUAAGACAACUGAGAAGAUCAGGAAGCACCUGAAAGUUAAAGGAUUGAUUCACUGAGGCCCACCCCAAUGUUAUAGAAGCAGUAACUGCUGUGGAAAAGGCUCACCUUCAGAGCUCCCUGCGAGUGGUUCAAGGUUCCAGAAUGCAUCUUCUGUGAGUCAUGUCUGGCCUGGGCUUUUCAAAGAUGAAGCUGCCUUUGUAUCAUCCAUGCUCCUGUAAGCUAAGCUCAUAUCCCUAUACACGUCUCAAUAAACUCGCUAAUUCAACUAAGCU